UUUUGGUGGCCACCACACCGACGGCACUCUUGGUUUGGUUGGUGCGGCCGGCCGAUGCUCGUUCGACGCCCGCCUCCUCGCGCCCUGACGGCGUCUCUGCUCCGGCGGGCACAGCGCGGCUACACCGCCGCCGACGUCGAGGUGGCAAGAAAGGCCAUCGCAGCACGCCGGCCCCAGCCAGAAGCAACCGACAGCACUCGAGUGCUCUACUCGCCGCGCGUGCGGCGGACCUUUGCCGAUAUAGUCACCGGCCGCUGGCGCGGCCACCCAAUCGACCUCAACCACUCGCACGAGGACUGGGCGCGCCGCGAGUCGUCCGACCGCCACAUCCGGCACGUCCUCACCACGUUCCGAUCAGCCACAUUCCGGCGGCUCCUGUAUCCUGACCUGGCUGUGACGACCUCCAUCUCGGCCUCGGUCGUGCUGCACAAUCUGCUUGUGGCGUGGGAGCACGAGCACACCAUGACGGUGGAGUCGAUCGAGCGGCAUGGCUUCGACCUGCUGCUGCACCACGAGAUGAUCACGCUGCCGGUGGAGCCGUUCACCAUGCUCUCCGUCGCGCUCGGCCUGGUCCUCUCGGUCCGCACCAACCGCGCCUACGAGCGCUUCAUCGAGGCGCGCGUGCUGCUCGGCUCGAUGACCAACGUCUGCCGCGACCUCGCCUCUCGCUUCAUGGCGCGCGAGGGCGGCGACGCGGAGGCGGAGCAGGCGCGGCGGCACGCUGUCUGCCUGGUCGCUGCGUUCGCGCACACGAUGAAGUUCCACCUGACCGUCGACGGCGUCGCGCACUCGAGCCGAGGCAGCAGCGGCGGCGGCGGCGGCCUCUUCAUCAUUCCUCUCGCUGCGAGCAGGCCUCGCCUUCAACGACACGUGGCAGCGGCGCUCCUCGCCAAGGACGUCGGCAACCGGCCGCUCCACGUGAUCCACGAGCUCGGCAAGCUCUCGCGCUCCUCCGCCCUCGGCCUGGAGCCGAUGUUUAGCACGGGUGAAAUGGCUCCUCGCACAAGGUAG